CAUACUCACAGUGCGUAGCUAUCGCAAAUUCCAGGGCUUACGCCUUGACGAUGCUACUAUCUCCAUGAAAGUCAGCUUGCAAUUGCACAAUGUCUCGCUCACAAUGCCGCGACACAGCUAUAGAUUCGCUAGUUCAUACUUCCCACCACCGGGGCAUCAGAGCCACCAACCGGAAGCUGCACUCCCAUUCACUCCAGGAAUCCCGGAACCCUUCUUCCGACACCUCCGCAACGAUGCAGCCUUAUUCUGACCACAAAGACACUUCCGAAAUGCCAUUCAGCAUAUCAGAUACGGCUCUCAUCUUCACCCUCAUCUUCCUUUACAUCUUCAUUUCCUGCCUAGCAUUCGAACUAUCGCGUCUGUCGAGGGAAAAAAGAACCGACUAUGAGAUGGCAGUGGUCGAUGAUCAACCGCUCCGUGUUGGAGCUGAUAGGUGGCUGAUCGUCCCUGCGCAAGGCGAGCCUGUGCCGGAAUAUUCCGCAGUUGAUUCAAGCCCGCCUCCGCCGUAUAUAAAAGAUGUUGACUUGAGUGUUUUUGUGGUAGAGGUGGACGAAUAGGACGACGAGGCUGUUGAUGAUUGACGACUGGCGUACAGAACUAGGGAUGGCUACAAUUCGUGACGC